AUGGCGCCCAAGAAGAGGACCCAGCACGACCGCGCACUCGAAGCCGCCGCCAUACGAAGGACCAGGCCCGAGAAGCAACCAAUCCGCCAGGAGUCAGAGGCAGAGCCGGAGACACAGUCAGAAGCUGGAGACCAGAUGGACCCCACCAGAGGAGAAGUAGUAGUGAGGUGGAGGGACGGAGUGCCACUUCGUCUACUACAGGACCCGACCGUCCGCCUUCACCACUUCUUCAGCCACUUCUGUGGCUACACCCUCCCCGACUUCUGCCACGCAGUAGACGAGCACUUCGAACUGAGCUCGCGUCGUCUCCGUCGCGAGGCGCUGGUGUGUGAAGGCGGUCUUGACUUUCUAGCUGCACAGAGGCAGGUGCAUGAUACGAAUGAGCCGGUGAUUUUCCACCUCGACACCAUACCUGCAUGCAUACCGCGGCCGGUUACGUCUUUGGUGAACCACCCCGAUGAGAAUCCUUGGGCGGAGUUCGGUGAGAGCAGGAGGACGGUGGGAGGAGUGACGAUUUGGGUUGAUGAUACCAUCAUCUCCACUCCAUGA